AUGGCUUCCAGUGCUUUGGCCAAACCUCAGAUGCGUGGCCUCUUGGCCAGGCGCCUGCGGAUUCAUAUUGUUGGAGCAUUUGUUGUAUCCCUGGGGGUUGCAGCUUUCUAUAAGUAUGCUGUGGCUGAACUAAGAAAGAAGGCAUAUGCAGAUUUCUACAGAAAUUAUGAUUCUAUGAAAGAUUUUGAGGAGAUGAGGAAGGCUGGUGUCUUUCAGGUCGUAAAGUGA